UGUGGAAGGAAAGCACCUUCCACGGGAGGUGGGGCGGGUCGGAAACUGAAAACGGAGCGUGGCCUGUAGAAGUGGUGUGGAUGCGGUGCUGCGGGGAGUAGAAAGCUGGGAGGCCUUGGGCAGGAUGGAGACGUGAGGGAAGGUGUUUUCUCUCCAGCUCGGGUGUCUAAGCUGACUCUUUCCUGCUGUCUGGAACAUGGAAGAUUUAGAAGAAGACGUAAAGUUUAUAGCGGAUGAGACCUUGGACUUUGGGGGGCUGUCCCCAUCGGACAGUCGAGAGGAAGAAGAUGUAGCAGUGUUGGUGACUCCGGAGAAACCCCUCCGACGAGGCCUGUCCCAUCGAAGUGACCCAAAUGCAGUGGCCCCCACCCCCCAGGGUCUGAGGCUCAGCCUAGGCCCCCUCAGUCCAGAGAAGCUGGAAGAAGUCCUCCAUGAAGCCAACCGGCUGGCUGCUCAGCUGGAGCAGUGUGCCCUGCAGGAACGGGAGAACACAGGCGAGGGCUCAGGGCCUCGAAGGGUGAAGCCCAGCCCUCGACGGGAGACCUUUGUGCUCAAGGACAGUCCUGUCCGAGACCUGCUGCCGACCGUGAGCUCUUUGGCGCGGAGCACCCCCUCUCCAAGCAGCCUGACACCCCGACUCCGGAGCAGCGAUAGGAAGGGGUCCGUCAGGGCUCUUAGAGCAACAUCUGGAAAGAAGCCUUCCAGCGUGAAGAGGGAGUCGCCCACAUGCAAUCUGUUCCCUGCCUCCAAAAGCCCAGCAUCUUCUCCUCUUGCCCGAUCAACUCCUCCGGUCCGGGGAAAAGCCGGGCCCAGUGGGAGAGCGACAGCAAGUCCACCUACCCCUGUCAGACCAGUCUUGACCCCACAGCCUUCUACCGGCAACUCUCAGCGCCUGUCUCGGCCCCAGGGAGCAGCUGCUAAACCUUCCAGUCGACUGCCUGUUCCCUCGGCCAUUCCCAGGCCUGGCAGCAGGAUGCCACUUGCCAGCCGGAGUGUCCCAUCCAGCAAAGGUGCCCCUCCUUCAGAUUCCCUGGCAGCUCGGAAAGGACUUCCAAGACCAAGUGCGGCAGGGCACAGAGUUCCUGUUUCUCAACGACCAAAUCUUCCCAUCUCUGGUGCUGGUCGCAGCAAUCUGCAGCCUCCCAGGAAAGUUGCUAUCCCAGGACCUACCAGCUGUUGACUUGCAACCGGAGCCAGCUCAAUUCCUUGUGAGUUUUGAGAGGACUUUCCUCCUUGGAGGCCAGGCCCUGACUUAAGGAAGCCUGCAGGCAGCUGGAUAAAGGGAGUGAGUUCCAGCUGGUGCCAUACCCCCCAGGUUUACACAUCCAUAGGCCUCCUUCUGAGGCACUAACAGGCCUUUCCCCUUGUUCCCAGGGCCAGCCACCACCCCCCACCAUGGCUUCUUCCUUCUUAUGGCUGAUCGUCAGGUUCAUUCACCAUGUGUCACCAGCACACGUCAUCUUUCCUGAGCCUCUUGCAGCAACUCCUGCAGCCUCUGGGCUUCUGAGCAUUCAGUUCAGGGAGGGGGUGUGGAGACAGACACUGAGUAUUCAGCUCUGGAGAAAUCUGGCAGGGGCAAGAAAACAUCAGGUGUGCAUCCCAACUGCGUCCUGCACUGGUGUCUGACAGAAGCAAGCCCAGACACGCACUUAGGUGUGGCCAGCAGAUGGCCUGUUUGUAUGGCCUGGGUUUGGGCCAGGUCCUGUGGAUCCUCAGAGGUAAAAUAAGCAGCAGACCCGUGUGUUGUUGCCACCUGGUGGCCAAAGAGGACAAGACAUGUUCCUUUUGCCCUGUAGGUCAGUCUGGGGUUUGGUUAAAGGUUAAUGGCUCUUCCAAUCCCAUUGCAAAUCUGCUUAAGCAACAUUGCAGUGUUAAGGAGGCAGCGUCAGCUGGGGAGGAACCCCCCCAUGCCCCCCAGCAGCUGCCCUUCUCCUUUGCUACCUGCUCACUUCCUUCCCUUUUGGUCAGGCUUUCUGUUUUUUCUCUUUCUGGCACUCUUACCUCCACCCCAACCCAGUAGCACCAAGGAGGGAAGCCAAGGUUUGUUGGCCUCUUACUAUGCACUGUGAACUGUUCAAAGCACUUACAUGUGUUAACUCAUUUAAUUCUCAUAAAAGCUCAAUUAGGCAGACGCCAUUAUCCUCAUUUUGCAGGCAGGGGAACUAAGGCUCAGAGAGAUUGUCACUCAGUCUGGUUCCAGUGUUUGUGUUCUAAACAGCUCCCCUCUGUGGCCCCCAUGUGAACUCCCUAUCUAGUUUGUUGAACAGAUCGAAAACACAACUUGGUAACACAAAUGAUGUGGCAGAGUAUACAGCUGGCUAGAGUAUGAAUAGUUUCUUUAUUUCCGAUGCGGAGAAACACAAGACGGCCCAGAGGAGUGAAAUCAGGAGGUACCUAGUCACUGAGCACCUUUGAAUUCCCAACAGCCUCCUUACUCAGCCCUCCCUACCUCCUGAAUUCUGCUCCCAGAACAGGACGCAGCUGGAAUCCUGCCUGCUCUGUGCAGCCUCUCCAGCCAUACAAGGCCCUCCUGUCCUGGUGAAAAGCAUACUUUCCCUGCUAUUGGUCACAUCUUCCUUGGAGAUACCAGGACAUGGGCUCAGCACUGAUGAGGCUACUCGGGGGUCACUGCUGCGAGUGUCGGUAGAGGAUA